AUGCCGCCUGUCACGUACAUGAACCCAUCUACUCCCUUUCAUGAUUUCCUUGCUAGUUUUGAGCAGCAAGGAUCUCAGUGCCCGUUGUUCUCUCAGACCUGCGAGACGGGGAACCAACACGGACACGAACCAGAACCCAGCGGUCACUCGAUCCCUCAAGCACCCUUCACUCCUUGCACUUGGGAUCACUUCCCCGGUGGUCCCUUUGAGAUGCCCCGCCGUGGACCUCCUCAGAGGCCAUCUGAAAAUCACCGCGAUAAUGAGGGCAAAGCCGAAAAAGUGCACGAGGAGAAGAGCGGCGACAAGAACGUCGAAAUGAACAACGACAACGCCUACGAUAACGAUAAUGGAGAAGGACCGUCCUGCAAGUCUGAAUUUGACAAUGAAGGUGGGCGCAGUAACCGCUAUGGCCAAAGUUGGUCCAGUGGCUUUGAUCCUCGUCACAAUGGACAUCGCCGUGGACCCCAUUGCCACGGCCCAGGUCCCCAUGGACAUCAUCAUGGCGGCCGUAGAUCCUGGGACCAUCGCAGUCGUCACGGCCCACGGGCCAACAUCACCAGCGACUGGGCUCCCUUCGAUGCUGCCUUCAACUGUGCUUCCCCAGACCCCUCCAGUAUCGCCACACAUUUCUGGAAUCUUUUCAAUAACGGCCAUACCGCUAACACCAACAAUAAACAUACACCUGACACCACCGAAGAUCACUGCCCAGACGCAGACGUCUUCAAUACCGACACGGCUUUCGUUGUCCACAUAUCUCUCCCUGGCGCAAAGAAGGAGGAUGUUGGCGUCAAUUGGGAUGCAGACAAGGGCGAGCUUUCCGUCGCUGGUGUAAUCUACCGCCCAGGCGAUGAGGAGUUCAUCAAGACGCUUGCAGUAGAGGAGAGGAAGGUUGGGCCGUUUGAGCGCAAGAUUAGAUUGGGGACGGGUGCGAGUCCUGCACAUGUUGAUGUUGAUGGUAUUACGGCCAAGUUGGAGGAUGGUGUGUUGAGGGUGGAGGUUCCCAAGUUGGACAGCGGGUAUGUGGAUGUUCGCAAGGUUGAUGUCGAGUAA